UCUUUACCGUGAUGUUGGACGUCAACAUUUCGGUCUUUGCACCAAUUAUGGAGAAAGCUGGUGGUACUGCUACUACAUAGAGGAGUCUAUUGUUUUUUAUCUUUGGUAUCUCGAGUUGCUGGGACUGCAGGCGGCAGAGAGACAAGGACAACUCCCUUUGCUGCAUAUUCGUGCAAGUGUUAACUCGUCACUUUUCUCCGAUGAGCCCAACUUUGCAGAGGAGAUAGAGAAGCAUAUGGUUGUUGACUUCUCUCUUUUGGAUCUAGAUCUCAAAACAGAUGGACAUGUUUUUGGAGCACUCGUGUUUUAUCUCCUUAAUAUUAAUCGAAUUCCUAGUUCACUGCAGAGGCUUAAGAUCAUCAAAUUAAGAUCAGUGGUAAAAGAAACAUGCCCAACGGAUUGUCCUUGUGAGUCCACAAACUGGAGAUCCCAACCGAUCUCCUUGACUGCUCUUGAAGAAGUGGAAAUUGACGGAUUUGAAGGAGUGGACCAUGAGUUUGAUUUACUCAAACUACUACUUGUAUCUGCGCCGAUGCUUAAGAAAAUUAUAGUGAGGCUCUCACAGGAGGCCUCAACAAGUAACACUAGAUGCACAAAAAUACACAACAUCUUCAAAACCUAUGGUUCAACAAAAUGUUUUGUCUAUCUUAGCUCCGGGUUAAUGGACGACAUCCAAAAUUGACCAUCGACAUGAUUAUCAUCCUCUUGCAUAUGUGGUUUCUUGGUGCGCAUCGACAAGAUCAUCCUUUCCAUUCCAACUAACUCCAUUCAACAUGUUUUUUUGCCAGUGUACUGUAAAAAUGUUGCUAGUUAAAUCCUUAAUGGUCUUGUGCAAUUCAAUUACUAAAGGUAAUGUGUCAACUUAUGCGAGUCAA